AUGACUGACAAUCAGAGAAAGGUCCAAAUACAAUACGCUCUAACUGCCUUGGCUGGAGCAAGUGCGAUUGGAUUGGCUACUAUUGGUUAUUUGUUAUGGGAGUAUAGUGAUCAUGCUCUUGGCACGCGACGACACACUGAUGGAAUUCCACAACCUGCUGGUGCAAAAGCACUUAUUGGCCACUUGCCAUUACUCGGCGGCAACUGGGUCAAUGUUCGACUGGAAGAAUCACUAAAGAUGCGAAAGCAGCUUGGCGAUGUCUUUAUGACUUCCAUACCAUGGAAGAAUCAGAUCGAGACAUUCUUGCCUGAAGACGUUGAGUGCGUAAUGAAGGACCCUUACAUCUUUGUGAAGGGAGCAGCGCAGGCGGAACAAUUUGUCGAAUUCUUUGGUCACGGUAUCUUCUUAUCUGAUGCUGAUCCGUGGAGGCUCCAACGUAAAACCGCUUCAAACAUCUUCAAUGUCAAGAAUUUCCGUGAUUUCUUUGGUCCAAUCUUCAUAUCAGAAAGUCAACGUCUGUGCAAUCAUCUUGCCGAAGUUGCUAAGACUGGAACCAAAUUGGAUAUCCAAGACUUGUUGCUUAGAGCUACUAUUGACAGUUUUGGAUUGCUCUCUAUGGGUACCGAUGUCGGGGCAUUGAAGAUGAAGCCAGUGUACAAGGACGGCCGAUACACGCUCCCUGAUGUGCCUUUCAUGAUAUCCUUUGAUGCAAUUCUUGCCCAUCAAGUGAUUCGAUUUACAAACCCCUUCUGGAAAUGGAAUGAAUUCUUUGGCGACUCGAACGGAAAGGCCAUCAAGCAACAUCAAAAAGUCAUUGAUGAUUUCUCAUACAGUGUGAUUCGCGAACGUCGUCAACAGUUGGUUGCAUCUGGCGGCUUGAAGGACAAGGGUCGAAUGGAUUUGUUGGAUUUCUUUAUGCAAGUUGAAGUUGAAGGAAACCCACCGGAUGACAAGUUCCUUCGUGAUGUCGUUAUGAAUUACAUUAUUGCUGGGCGAGACACAACUGCUCAAACUACUUCAUGGUUGAUAUAUGAACUAGCUCGCAACCCUGAAAUCGAAAAGAAGAUGCGUGAAGAAAUGAAACAAUUCCUCGGUGACGGCCCAGCUGACUAUGAGCUUCUCAAGAACCUCAAAUACACCACUUGCGUCUGGAAUGAAACUCUACGUCUUCACUGUAACGUCCCAACCGCUCCACGUGUUGCUACUCAAGACAUCACACUACCAUCUGGCUACAAGGUUUAUAAGGGAGAAACAGUCCAAUGGAGUUCGUGGGCCAUGGGCAGAUCAGAAAAGAUAUGGGGUCCUGAUGCUUCAGAAUUCAAGCCAGAACGAUGGUUGAAGGAUGAUGGGUCUGUUAUGAAGGCUUCACAAUGGGCUUGGCCAGUGUUCAACUGUGGUCCUCGUAUCUGUCUUGGAAUGAACAUGGCCACUCAAGAAGCUUUGGUUAUAAUGUCUGACAUGUAUCGAAACUUCCACUUUGAAGUUGUUGGAGAAGAUGAGCCACGCAAAUGGGGCCACUUCUCAGAAAACGUAGCUGAACGUGCUGGUCGUUACAAUGUCGGAGUGACUCUUGGCUUCCGAAAUGGACUAGAUGUCAAAGUAACUCGUGUUUGA